AAAGUCUUGUUGCAGGCCACUUGCGGACGGAUUCGCGCACCAGGCUGACGUGGACAUUAAUGAAACGGUGAGUUUCAUUCUAAGCGGGAAGAUGAAUUUGACAAACCGGCUGCAGUCCUUUCGAUAUUCACUUUUCUCACCUUUUUCUUUUUUCACUUCUCCUCUCACCUCUCAGCUCUCAUCCCCGGUUUGACAAACUUCUCCUCUCACCUCUCACCUCUCACUUCUCCUCUCACCUCUCACGCCGUGGGAGCAAAGGUCGAAAAUCCUCCCCAUCACUUCUCCUUUCGUUCGGAACCACUGCAGUAAGCCGGGGUGGCGCAGAUCUGUGCAGUCGGGAAUAAAUAUAUCGGAAGAGGUCUCUCUCUCUCUCAUGCUUAAUCGAUCUUCGAUCGUUAACAUAGGAUAUAUAUUGUUGUUUUGCUUAAUCGAUCUGUACUUGGCCUAGGGUUUUCUGUAGGACUUGGCCUAGGGUUUUAAUUUUUUGGGGUUUUCUGUUGGACUUGGCCUAGGGUUUUAUUUUUUUGGGGUUUUCUGUGUUUUUCUUGUUAGAAGCCCCUAAUCUGUUCGAAGAUGUUAUUUAGGGUUGGUUUGAGUAAAUUAACAUGAUUUGUAUACAUUUUAUCGAUCUGUACAUGCUGUUGGACUUGGCGAAGGGUUAUAAUUUUUUGGGUUUUCUGUUUUUUUGUCUGUUAGAAGCCCCUAAUCUGUUCGAAGAUGUUAUUUAGGUUGGCUGUGAGAAAAUGAACAUGAUUUGUAAUACAUUUUCUCGAUCUGUACAUGCUGUUGGACUCGGCUUUGGGUUUUUUUAUUUUUGGGUUUUCUGUGUGUUCCCUGUUAGAAGCCCCAAAUCUGUUCCAAUAUUAUAUUUAGAUUUGCUGUGAGAAAAUUAACAUCAUUUUUAGUAGAUAAUCUGGAUCUGUACAUGGUGUUGGAUUGUAAUAGGCCACUAUUUUUUUAAUUUUAUUUGGAUUUGAGGAAUUGUUAGAAGCCCCUAAUCUGGUUUUAAGGAUACCCAUGGAUUUGGAUUUGUUUGGAUUUGUUUGGAUUUGUUUUUAGUCGUGUGAAUUGAAAGCAACAAAAAGUAAGUCUGAUUUCCAAUAUCCAAGCUCUGUAUUUUCUGAAUCCAUCUGAAAACAAGGCUUGAGGCCAUACAAAUAUGUUAUAAACUUUCACCUUUGAUGGUCCCAUGUGUUUGGCCCUUCAAUCUUUUUAAUAUGUCGUGACAUCAAUAAUCUAUACGCCCACCAAUAUCUUCGUUGUUCAUUUUCUGUUUUUGCAAUAUUGUAGCUUAGACUGCCACUUCUUGCAUUUUUAUAAAUAAUCUGUGUAGUUUUAGCAAGAACAUUUUUUUGUAACUUUUUUAAUUUAGCUUGUUUACUUUUACUCUGUCUUUGAUGUUAGAGAUUUGCACUUCCUAAACAUAUAUAACGGUUAUUUCUUGAUUUGUAUACAAUUAUCUUCACAAAUCCCGACUUGACUGGCAACUUUUUGUAAAGUAUGUGCGCGCUGGGAUGUGGACACCAUCAUAUGUGAUGAACUAGUUUAUUUAUGUUUAGAGUUCCAUACUUUCUGCAUAUAGCAGUAUGUGAAGUGAACUUAAGUUUUCAUUUUUACAAGUUACUUUUGCAAAGUAUGUGUGCGCUUGGAUGUGGAUACCAUCAUGGUAGAUGAACCAACUUUUUUUUUUUUUAUCUCCUAGUAAUUUGAAGUUCCUAUUGAUAUCUGUUAAUGUACCAAAGUACACUUUGCUAAAGCAUUAAACACACCUUUACACUUCACUUCAACCCAAUGUGAAGCACAAUAUGUGUAACUCCUUUUGCACUUGAUUUUUUAGGAUUAAACUCAGCUCCCCUUCGGGUGGAUUAAAAAUAAUAUAAUCUUUUUAAGGAUUAAACCAUCUAACGUUUUGGGUGAUUAAACUCUCUUGUUUUAAAAAAAAAAAACUUGUAAACCCCAACAGCAAACAAUGAAUGAAAAACACUAAUAUUUUUUAGCAACAGCAUACUCCAUUGUUGAUUGGGAACAUGUUAUCUGAGGGAGAUAGGGUAUCAUCGUCAGUUUCUUCAUCUUCUAUUGUUAAUCAUACUUUGAGAAUCAACCCAAUUUGCAAUUGUGGGUCACCUGCUUCACUUAGAACAUCGAACACGCCAAGAAAUCCGGGCCGAUCAUUCUUUGGGUGUUCAAAAUACAAUACCAAGGGAUUACCACAUUGCAACUUUUUCAUAUGGGCAGAUAGUGGUAAGGAAAUGGAGAAUGACCUUAUGAAAGUAUUCAUUGAGAUUUUGAUGAAGAAGGAAGAGCUCCAGAAAACACAUGAAGAGUUGCAGAAAACACAUGAAGAGGUUCGCCAAUUAUUGCAACUUUUUCGAAGAAGAGAGGAAGAGGUGCGAACAAUGAUGGAAGAGGUUCGACAUUGUUCGGAAGAGGUUCGCCGUAGAGAUGGCGAAAUUGUCAAGCGGGAGGUGGAAGUCCGGCGUCAACGCACACAUAUUCGUAUAUGUGUGGCAGUUUCUAUUUUACUUUAUUUGUACUUUAUACGAUCGCUUUGAGUAUUAAUAGGCAUUUAGUUGUGUUUUGUAUAAAUUUGUUAGUGCAAGUUCAGAAGUUGGAACUUUUGGGACAACUCUUUUAUGUUGGUAUUUGUAAUUUUUGUGUGGAAAUUGAAGUGUAUACAUGCCUACAGGUCUGGCAACUUACUAGUAGAAAUAUGGAAGUUUUUUGGGGAAA